GGAUGUGAAUCGUCCCUUCCUGUUUUACUGGCGAUCAGAGAGAAACAUUGACGCCGUGAUAGAGACGCACAAGCUCCGAUUAUGUCUGGAACCGCGCGCUCCGUACAAGACCAGGAUUUUUGUUUGCCUACGUGAAACCGGCAACCAGCAAUGUCGCCUUAUAGCGCAUAUAUGGCACUUGUCGAGUUAUAGUCUACAAAUAUAUUUUUAAUCGCGCUGCUGCAACCCUUGCUCCUUCUUCUGUCAAUGAUUAUCCUACCCAUAUAAGCCUACUCAUGGCGGAGACCAAAAUUAUAUACCAUAUCGACGAAGAAGAAACCCCUUAUUUAGUGAAACUGACGGUUUCUCCUGAAAAAGCCACGUUGGCGGAUUUUAAACAUGUCCUCAACAACCGUCCGGUCAACAGUUAUAAAUUCUUUUUCAAAUCUAUGGAUCAGGAUUUCGGAGUCGUCAAAGAAGAAAUCUCUGAUGAUAACGCCAAGCUGCCCUGCUUCAAUGGCAGAGUGGUGUCCUGGUUGGUGUUGGCUGAAGGCACACACUCGGAUGGGGGAUCUCAGUGCACAGAGAGCCACAAAGAGCUGCCGCCACCCUUGGAGCGAACUGGAGGGAUUGGAGAUUCCAGACCCCCCUCUUUCCAUGCCAAUGCGGUGAGCAGUCGGGAUGGAUUGGACACAGAGACAGGGACGGAGUCACUCCAGAGCCAGCGGAGAGAGCGGGAGAGGGAGCGAGCUCACAGGAGGGCACGAGAAAUCCCUCGCAUGAACGGUCACUCAAAAUCACAGUGGGCGAAUCGUGACUCAGCUGUUGGCUAUGACAGCGCAUCAGUGAUGAGCAGUGAGCUGGAAUCCAGCUCUUUUAUCGACAGUGAGGAGGAUGAGGAUGCCAGCAGCCACAGACGUAGCAGUUCAGCCGAGCAGAGCUCUUCAUCACACCUCAUGCGGAGACACAAACGCCGACGACGGAGGCAGAAAGUCACCAAAAUGGACAGGUCCUCAUCCUUCAGUAGUAUUACAGACUCCACAAUGAGCCUCAACAUUAUCACUGUCACUCUAAACAUGGAGAAGUACAACUUCUUGGGUAUCAGUAUAGUGGGUCAGAGUAAUGACCGAGGAGACGGAGGCAUCUAUAUUGGCUCUAUUAUGAAAGGUGGAGCAGUGGCGGCUGAUGGCAGGAUUGAGCCUGGAGACAUGCUGUUACAGGUCAAUGAUGUGAACUUUGAGAACAUGAGUAAUGAUGAUGCUGUCAGGAUUCUACGGGAGAUUGUCUCCAAACCUGGGCCAAUAAGCCUAACAGUGGCGAAAUGUUGGGACCCCUCUCCUAGAAGCUACUUCACCAUCCCUAGAGCUGAACCGGUGAGACCCAUUGACCCUGCUGCCUGGAUCUCACACACUACUGCACUUUCUGGGCCAUACCCCCAUUAUGAGUUUGAUGACCUCCCCCUUUCAGUGUCAAAGACAGACAUGGCAACUAUAGUAAAAGUCAUGCAGUUACCAGAAUCAGGCCUGGAGAUUAGAGACCGAAUGUGGUUAAAGAUCACUAUAGCCAACGCUGUCAUCGGGGCUGAUGUUGUCGACUGGUUGUUCUCGCGGGUGGAGGGUUUCAAGGACCGUCGGGAUGCUAGAAAAUACGCCAGCAGUUUGUUGAAACACGGCUACCUGAGACACACAGUCAAUAAAAUCACCUUCUCGGAGCAGUGCUACUACACCUUUGGAGACCUGUGUCAAAAUAUGGCUUCUCUCAAUCUGAACGAGGGAUCUAGUGGUGGGGGCUCUGACCAGGAUGGUCUCGCUCCUCUUCCUCCACCAGGAACCAACCCCUGGCCCCUGGGCGGUCAGCCCUACCCUUACCCAGGUUACCCCACUCCUCCACCAGGCUUCCCUCCUGGAUACUCUGACCCUUGCCACAGUUUUCACAGUGGCAGUGCAGGCAGCCAACAGAGUGAAGGUAGCAGAAGCAGUGGCUCCAACCCCAGUGCUGGAAAAGCCCGGAGACCCUCCCCUCGAGAGAAGGACCAUAAGGCACCAUGCUGUGGGGGCAGUGAAUCAGAAAUGGGAGCAUGGGUCGUAAGGAGGGGUGAGAGAGCGCCCAGUCAGCUGAGUCAACAAAGCCACAGCCGCUCUGCUGCCAGUCAGGCCCAAUCCAGCCACAGCUACACUCACUCUGGGUACAGCCAUGGCCAGUGUCACAGCAUCUUGCAGCAUAGCCACAACUUCACCUACAGCCACGCCUCUUUCAUUCAGCCCAAUCAUCUGUCAUCCUGUGCCCACAGUGACAGAAGUCACGGCUCUUCAUAUGGCCCGCCGGGUCUACCCCCUCCGUACUGCCUCGCUCACCUCGCCCCCAAAGCGACAGCAAGCAACAGCCCACCUGGGGCUCCCCCCGUCCGGGAGCUAGGAAAUGUCCCCCCAGAACUCACCGCCAGUCGGCAGUCAUUUCAACAUGCUAUGGGCAAUCCUUGUGAAUUUUUUGUUGAUAUUAUGUGACAGGAGAGUGCCUUCAACCCUUUCAGAGCACAAGGCCUACUUCCCGCAGUUUGCUUCAUCAAUUUUUGCUACUGACGAUCCCAGCACUGAGAAUGUACAAACUGACAGCCCGAUUUAAAGCAUUUAAAGGGACAGUUCACCCGAUAAAGGAAUUUCUGUAACUUGCUCAUUUUUCCUGUUUCUUUCUUUUGUGGAACAAAAAAUUACUGUUAAAACUAUUAAAAACAGUUUUCAGUAAUUGAAAUGAAGCUGAAAUCAAAUAUAAAUAUUAGAAGAAAAACUUCAGUGAAAAUUAGAAAUGUUGCCUUGGCAACUAACAGAAAUAGAUUUAUGUUGAAGUCCUAAAAUGUUUUUAUUUUUACUUUAUUUUUAUACAUUAAAGGAAUUUACAAACAAUUAACUAAACAUUUCUUGACAACAGCAGUGGUCCUAAAAUGAUUUAAACUAAAUAAAAUAUAGAAAUAUUGUAUAGAAAUAUUAAAAAAUAACUCUUCAUGUAAUUAAAUUCAUAUAAUCAACUAAAGCUUUCAAAUCAAGCUAACUAAAAAUAUUAAUAUAAUCAUAUAAUAGCAUAUAAAUAAUACUUAACACUCACAUUUUUUAAAUCCUGAACAUAUUUUAUCCAGAAUAUGACAACUAUUUUCUAUAUAAUGAGAUUGAGUAGGGACAAGAGCUUUCAAGCUACAAAAUGAAAAAAAAGAAAAAACAUUCCAUAAAAGGAGAAGGAAGGAAGGGGAGAGAGAAGAUUAUCAUUAGUUACCAGCUCAGCUGAAAUAUUUGAACUUGAAAUAUAGCCCACUUUUGUAGCAUGGACUACUUUAUUUUUGUCAUUUUGGAGCAUUGCAGGACAGCCCCAGUCCCCUUUUACUUCUAUUAUGUGGAAAGGAAUGCACAGGAUAUUUUUUUAAAAAUUUACUUUUUGUGUUCCACAGAAGAGAGAAAGUAUUUGGAAAAAGAACAUAAGAGUGAGCUAAUGAUGACAGAUUUGUCAUUUUUAGGUCAACUCUUUCUUUAAUGUCCCUUCAAUGUUAUUUAGAUCACCGAAGGACAAAAAAAAGCACAACUGCAGAGUUAAUUUAAACUGACAAAAACUACAAUACUGCAGUAGCAGCACAAGAUAACACAACUAAUAAGCUUUUAACAGGAAAGUCAGUGUAUCAGACUGUCUGCUUCUUAUACUCAGCUGCUCUGCACUUUGCACAAGUUACAAGCCAGACAACAUGACUCUUUACACAGUCCGUACUUUUAAAUGUAUUCACUCUCUGGACGAUUUUUUUUCCUUACACAGUUGCAUUUGACUUUAUAUUCACAAAGUCAUAACCCUGUUGACAAUCAGAAAUCAUAAUGACAAUUGACGUACCUAAACAUUGCUGAAUGUAUUGUCUUGUGAGGCUAAAACUCAGAAAUCCCUCAUUAACUUGCAUGUUAUCACUAAAUAAAUGCUCAGAUGUUCAUUUUAGACUCAUGGUUGCCAAAUGUCCAUCAUGAACUCUAAAUGUACAUGAUACAUUUUUAACAAUAACAAACAGGUGCUUUUCAUAGAGUCUGUGAACUGACUGUUCAGAUGUCACCAGUUGUCUUAGUAUUCACCACUGUAUUACGAAUGUCACUGUACAGUUAAUGCAGUAGAAUGGUAGUAGGCCUUGUAAGUUAUAACAUAGAUAUUAAAACAGACCGAUAGGCUAACCAAA